GACAUUUGUAUGUAACCAAUAGCCAGCAAACUUGUUUUCGCGUUUGAAAGUAAUCUCGCGUUAUGUUAAUGAAAACUGCAAUAAAUCAGUAACAAUGUUGAACCAAACUGCAACCGAAGCAUUGCUUUCUGCAACAUACGUAGAAAAUUACUUGGACUGCGUAGAAAAUCUACCAAAUGACCUGCAACGACAUUUAUCGCGUAUGCGGGAGCUUGACGUAACGUAUAGAGAAUGUGUCCGUGACGCUGAAUCCUACCUUGCUUUGUGUAUUGCUCCACACACUGAGGAGAAGCGCAGACAACGAGCUGCCAUACGUCUACAGACUUCGUUGGUCACUGCUCAAGAGAUUGGAGAUGAGAAGCUGCAGGUCGUGCAGGUACUUCAGGACCUAAUUGACAACAAACAACGUGGUUUGGAUGGCGAUCACAAGAAACUUGUUACCUGUUUAGACGUGAACACAAAUGGCGGGACUAGCAAAAAAGAUCCAUCACCACCUGCUGAGCCUGUGCGCUUGGAAAAGGAAGCCACCACUCCUCCUGAGCAACAAACCCCCACUCCACCACCACCGGAACGCACAGUUGAAAAAGAAAAAGAUAAAAGCGAACGGGACAAGUCUGGUGCAGGAGAGAGGUGGUCGAAGCGGGCGCGUCGCUCCCGAAACAACGCCGGAGGGAACACUGACGGCGCUGACAGCAGCGAGCGAGACAGCGAACGCGUCACCAACAACCACACUCACAAGAAAGGUAUCGGCAAGAAGAAAAAGCGCAAGGCACGGCAAGCGGCGCAGCGGUCGGAGACGCCACCCGAGGAGACGGACGCCAUCGACCCCGACGAGCCGCGCUACUGCCUCUGCGACCAGAUCUCCUUCGGCGAGAUGAUCCUCUGCGACAACGACCUCUGCCCCAUCGAGUGGUUCCACUUCUCUUGCGUCUCUCUGACCACCAAGCCCAAAGGCAAAUGGUUCUGCCCCAAGUGCCGCGGCGACCGGCCCAACGUCAUGAAACCCAAGGGCCAGUUCCUCAAGGAGCUCGAGCGGUACAAUAGAGAGAAAGAAGAGAAAGCCUAGUGUUUAAGAAGACUGAGGUCUGUUGCAAGAGCGCUUGCGCAAAGUGACUCUGAUAGUUAAACAUGAUGUUCUCAGUGACAGAUGAGUAUAACAAGAAACUGAUAUAUGAAAUGGACGUAAAGACAAUGACCGGCAGGAACUUAAAAGUGCAUAAUGUUUCACGUAUAGGUUAUAAAUACUUUAUAUAAAUAUUCAGAUAAUUCAUAUUAUAUAAUGUAGCUUGACCAUAGACAGUAACAUGAAAUUAUUAUGACACAACUUUUAAUAACUACUGCAUCUGAAAGAAUGCCACCAUGCAACCACGAUAUUAAUUGUAAGUCUUUAUGUUGGCUUUCAUUGGUGCUAAUUCCUGUAAAUACCAUCUAAUUUUAUUUUGAGUUAUAUCUGUCAUUUUCUUAUCCGCCGAAAAGGAAAGGGACGGGUAAUCGACAAGCAUAAAAUUUAUGGAACACACGUCAAUUUUAAGCACAAAUCUAAAACAACCGUCUAAAAAUUCGCCCGGGUUAUUCAUUUAUUUACUCAUUCUUCCUAAAAUUAAGAGCUGUCAAUCAUCCGUCCCUUUCCUUUUCGGCGGAUAAGAAAAUGACAGGUAUAACUUAAAGUAAAAUUAAGAGAUGUCUGCAGGAAUCGGGGCCAUUGUAUAUUUAAAAUUAGUAUAUAGAAGUAUUUAGCUUGGUAGUAAUAAAUAGUAUUUCAUAUUUAUAAAGUUGCAAUAGGGGUUGGUUGACCUAAAUGUUUGUUGUCUAGCGCCCGGGGUACAUACACCUGUGGGGUUACCGUGUAUAAGGCGUGAUUGCUCAACAAACUAAUAAUCGCCCACAUGAUAGCUAAAAAAAGAUUUAUAUUCUAUUAAAAAUAGCCAUGUAAUAAUAGUAUAUUUAUACAAAAUAAAGUGUUCUUUAGAUAAUUCAGCUAGAGUAGAUAUGUUAUAGCAUUAGCAUGGAGUUACUAAUGAAAACGGAGUGUCCCUAGCCUUACCAGAAUAGUUGACGAUAAAGCGCGCGCAAAUGGAGUGGCUGUGGAAUUUGUACUAACCAGUGUUUAUAAUGAUACGCACAGCACGCUGUUACUAGAUGACACUUAUCUCCAUAUGUAAGCUUACCAUAGCUCAAUAAAGUAUUAAUACAGCAUGGCCCCUAACCAUACUACGAAAAAUGAGUGCCGGCGGCGAGAGUUGGCACUAAAUCUAAAAUGUACGGAAGGGGCCAAACAUGGUUGUAGAGUAAAUAGUACAUUAUAUUUGCCUAAAGUUGUAAAACUUACCUUGUCCCUAUAAUGUGGGUUUCCUGGGUGUAGUGCAACUCGACAAUGAACUUAUAACCAAUGACCAGUGUCGAUGUCUUCAACUUAUGUCAAUCCAGGUGACACCUUACCUGUGAUAGAUAACUGUCAACUGCCCUUAUUUAAUUAGAUUUACAAUUGAUGAUAACAAGUAAUGUAGUUAAUGUUUGUAUUACACGCCUUCCGAACUACACAUUAAGAAUAGCGUUUUCUACUUAAGAUGCACUUCUUUCUUUUGACGUGACUUAUUUUAGAUUUGCCGCAGAUGGCUUUAACUACUUGGUCGGACAAACUUAAGAUGAAAGUAAUAUCAGGAACAAAUCCCAUAUUGAAUUAGGGAGAGACACGCGUUGCUAGAAGACAACUUGCAGCCACUCCUGACGUUGGUCUCAGAUAAGUAGGACUGUUUAUCUGGUUUCAAUGACCACCAGAUCAACGCCAAAAAUUACCCCGUCACGUCAAACAGAAGUUGUGAUAUGUAUAUGUUUACAUGUAUACUAGCUUAGUGACAUAAAUUUGCCUUAGUAGACCUGGUCGACCCGUAGACCCUAUAGUUCUUGCUAGUCGUUAUAUUUAGACAACAUAAAAGCAAUAGGAUUUUUGUCCACACUAUAAGGUAUCAGUAAAUAUUUUGACUAACAAUGCAGAUAAUCAUGACCUAUAUGACGUAUGUUUCUAUAGAGUAUGUUAACCUACACUUAGAAGAUCCCACGAUAUGAGGAAGUUUGUGUACAUAAAUUUUAGUAUGUACUCGAGUGUAUUUUAUAGAGCUAACACGUUGACAGUGCCCAUACAAAAUGUUUUGACUUCCUUGUAAGUCCCGCAUAUUUAUUUCACUUAAAUUUUUGAUUAAUUGAAUAUUUUUACUAAAAUUUCAGUCACUUCAGCCUUCAACCAGGUGAAGAGUAGCAUUCAUCAAACAUACUGUAAUAAAAACCGUUUUAAGUUAACCCGGAUCCAAGUGGAGUGAUCUGGUCGUUUCUUAGUGACCCAUAUGGGUGGGUGACCUAUAUGGGUCACGGACGUAUGGAGCUAGUCCGGCAUGACCCGUAUAUGGAUCACUGGACUGUCUACGUGUUAAAUCUUGAUAGCACAAUAAAUACCAAGCCGUACUAAAACUAUCACUGAAUCUACUUGAAUUUAAAAUUAAUUAAGAAGCAAACAUGGAGCAUACAUUUCCAUCAAGCGUGGGAUCCCUUUAGAGCACAAAUUAGAUUUAUACAUAAUGAAAUUCUAAAUUAUUAUACCUAUAUCAUAGUCAUGUGUGACGGACGAGAUACUCAUUUGUUUUUUUUUAUACAAUUAUCAAAAUUAUUAUAAAACUUUGUACACUUUCUAGUUAAUAUACAUAAUGCAUUAUCUUUCCUGACGCAAAUAUAAAUUGGCUUUAAUUUACAUAGUAUCACUUUUAUGUUCUGUUUUUUCAUUUGUACCGAAUCAAAUUGAGUAUUCUAUGUUUAACACAUGUUUAAGUUCCUUAUAUAAGUUUAUAAAUUAAGCAAAACACAAUUGCUUGAUCUGACAUAUUGUUGAGUCCCUAUCAAAAUAAAAUGUACGUGUGUUUUAUAAAUACACUUUAUUUCAUACGUCAAUUAUACACAUUGUCUAAGUUAUCAUUAGUAACCAUGCAAAAUAUGAAAUACUUUUUUCUAAAAUAAUAAGUCUUAUAAAUGUAAUUUUGAAAUACAAUAAUAAUCUAUUAUACUAGUUUCAUUCUGAUAUAAUAUGUUUCUUUUUCAUAAAUGCCAUAAAAUUGAAAUGUCGCUAAUGAGAAUAAAAUUGGUUUAUAAUAUUGCAAUGGCUCGUACAUUCGACUAGAUUUAUUAUUUUAUUCAUAAAAUUACUUCUACGAUUAUAGCGAUUUAACAUAAAAGUUUAACUUUUUCAAAUAUCAAAUUAUUUUAAGACACAAUCGGCAAACAUGUACUUAUAAAAUUGCUUCUACAAUCUUAGCGAUCAUUAAUUAAAACCGACAACCGCAAAAUGGGUUCCGCGCCACUAAAACAAAUUGGAACCUCGUCAUGAAGUCCUAAUUGUAUAGUUAAAGCGGAUUAUUUAGAGUUUAAAAUUCCUAGAAACGAUCAAAGCUGG